AUGUUUCCCAUCCUUUCUGGCCUAGUCUGCGGGCUCGCCCUCACUCAAUCAGUUCAUGCAGUUGAUAUAGAUCAAGAAGCCAAUGAGGGCAUUCCGGCUACUGGUCUGGACACGACCAAUUGGACUACUGGUGUGCUCCCAGACCUUGCUGAGAUGUUCACUCUCAACGACUUCCAGAUAGCAGCUAAGAACGUCUUGUCGCCAAGAGAUUACACACAAUAUCGGACCGGUACUUUAGACGAAACAACUUAUAAAAAUAAUUUGAACGUCUACUCCAAAAUCCUGUUUAACACCCUUAUCUUCCAGGAUGUUUCAAAAAUAAAUCUCAACACCACCAUAUUAGGCUAUAACUUCUCGGCUCCGUAUUUUAUUGCUCCAGCCGCCAAUCUAAACGUCAGCAAUUCCGGCACAGAGGAUAACCUCGUACGUGCCGCUGCUUCGGCUGGUAUCUUAUAUAUUCCAUCCAUCGGCGCAAAAAUGAAGAUCGAGGACAUUGCAGCCGCCGGGGCAGACGGCCAGGUCAUGUUCCACCACGAGUAUAUCUGGGCAAACACAACGCAGCUCCAAAACGAGCUUCGCCGCAUCGAAGCUGCUGGGUUCAAGGCCAUCUUCCUAGCUAUUGAUAAUACCGGUACUGGCGGUAUACGCGACCGCGCCCAACGAUUCACUCUUGGCGGGGAUUCGGGCCACAGCCUUAGUUUUACCGUCGAAGCGCUGGACCAGCUACGUAACUGGACGUCCUUGCCUAUUGUGCCCAAGGGCGUCAAGUCAGCCAGAGACGUAAAGCUUUGCGCCGACCUAGGAUUUGAUGCCGUGUAUAUCUCAAACCAUGGUGGCCGCGUAGUCGAUGGUACGCCCACGGCUAUCGAGGUUCUACUCGAUCUGCAUGCGAAUUACCCCGAAGUGUUCGAUCAGAUUGAGAUUUAUGCCGACGGUGGUGUCCGCCGCGGUACGCAUGUCCUUGCUCUGCUGGCUUUAGGCGUCCGUGCCGUCGGCCUUGGGCGGCCUCCUGUUUUCUCUAAUAUAUUUGGUCAGGAGGGAGUGGAAAAGAUGCUACAUAUCUUGAGAACAGAGUUGGUUACAGAAAUGCAGUUGUUGGGGCUAACGGACGUGGACCAGUGGCGAGGUAACACCAGCCUCAUCAAUACUAGGAAAGUGGAACUCGAAUAUUUCGGGGCCCCGGUAUCUAGCUUUGGUUUUUGA